GGCCCUGGGUGCAGGUUUGGACCAGGUGCUGUGCCAGCCAGAGCCAGGAGCUCCUGGAGCUCAACAGCCCUUUUUGCAAUAGCCACCACAUGGUAAUGAUGCUGUUGGGUGCUGGGGCUUGGGCUGGGGACCAGGGCAGCUCCCCAGCCUGUCUGGGACAGGGCUUGGUGUACUGUUAUGCUGAAGGGAAACUACUUUUCAACUCCUAUUCUUUUCUCUUAAUCUGGGUAAUCCGUAACCAAAAUAAACGUACUGAGGACAAACCAAACCAACCUCAAGGGCUGUUUUUGUCAUGGUGUGUGCAGCUCACCUGUGGUGGGGGUUGGGGCCUCCUCCCCAUCUGCAGCCCUGCAUUGGGUCAGGAUGCCUCUGGGAAGAGUGGUUAGAACUGGAGGACCCAGUCCUGCACAGCCAAGUGGAAUGGGAAGGCUGGAGGUUGUGGGGCUGUGGCUGGUGCUAGCGCUGGUCUCUGGUUCGGGGCUCCCCUCUUGUCCAUGCUGGAACCCCCACGCUCUGCCCUGCUCAGGCGCCCAUGCUGCCCCAUCUGAGGUGUUGAGCAAUGUCUGGGCUUUGCUCUCCUCUUCCCGGCAGUGGUUUCCUGCACUCUGGCAUGAGCUGGGGGAAUUAGCAUGUACUGCUGCUCUCCCUGAGCGGCAGGGAGGGCGGAAUGGGUCAGAGACAGGGCUGGGAGCCUGCUGCUGCCGGGUGAGACCAUUUGGGCAAGGCGCUUUGGGUGGCAAAGCAUGGGGGAAUUAGGGAAAUGAUCUGUUGCUGUUGAUCCCAGAGGCGGGAAUUUGCAGCGUCGUGCCAGGCCCCAGGCGCGGAAGAGGGGGAGAGCCAGGCCAGCAGACGUGUGAGUGGAGCUCCCGGCUGGAAUGUACCAGCUCAGCAAGGGAUUGUCCUCCCCGGGCCGGGCAGGCGCUGUGCCGCAAGCUGGAUGCCCGUGACUGCUGCCCAGCCAUGGCGGCAGCCGACAGCCCAUCCGCCACCCUCCGCCACAACGACCUAUGCAACCGGGGUAUCCGCCUGGCUGGAAAGAUGCGCUUGGAUGUCAUCAACCUCCUGGAUGCCUAUGUGGAGCGACAGGGCCUGGAUGCCUCAGCCAGCGUGGCAGCGGUGGAGGGUGUGCCAGUGGCCGCAGUGGAGCGCUGGGAUGAGCAAACAGGGACCCAGCGGCUGUUGGAGAACUUGGCGGCGUACCGGGCAUUCCGGGCACUGCUGGCCCAGAUGCUGGAGGAGCAGCGGGAGCAGCUGGGUGAGGCAGACACGGCCCUGGGCCGCGCGCUGGCAGCCAUCCUGCUCCAGGUUUCGGCCUUCACCUACCACCUCGAGGAGCUGCUGCGGCUGGAGAGCCACGGGCCGCCUGGCGAGGAGGGGGCCGAGUCACCCCCGCCACCCCCUGUCAGCCUCUUUGAGAGGAAGCUGCGUGGCCUGCGCGUGCUGCGGGAGCUGGCCCAGUGGGCACUCAGGUCCACACGGGACCUGCGGCAGCUCGCCAAGGCCAGCCAGGGCAGCGGCUCGGCUCCCAGCCCGCCUGACAGCCCGUGAGGGUAGCUGCAAGGCAGGGGGCUGGGGUCCCACUGGGGUACAGCCAGGGGUCUGCUGGCCCACUCCUGCGGAGGGGCUGUUCCUGGAGUGGGGCAGAUGGGAGGAACCAUGUCACUCACCUCCACAAUGGCCAUGCCACACCCCUUUCCCUGUGGGGAAGCUGAGGCACGGGCCACACUUCACCUUGGCAAAGCACGAAUCCCCAGGUGAGGUGACCUCUAUCGUGGCUCAGGCUCUGCCUGCAGUGGGAUGGGAUUAUCCCCCAGGAAGCAGCUCCGCAGCCCACCCCAGGGCUGGGGACAGUGACUCUCAGCCGGCUGCGGCAGUGCUACCCUUCUCUUUGCAAUCCAGCCGCUGCCUAGCAUGGCCAGUGCUGUCUCUGAGGGAUGGAACCUGCCUCGGGAAUCUUGUGGAGGCAUGGUGGGAGCGAAAGGACAGAGAAAUGCAGCCUGGUGAAAGGAGACUUGGGACUUGCCUCCCGGCUGUGAAAUGCAAGGCCUUGCCUCCUUCACAUGGACUCCUGCCUGCUCCAAUUCUGUGCAUUGUAUCCCUGCUCUGACUGC